UCUAUUUUCUCUGCUUGUCUAUAUAUUGAGAUACCAGCAGAUCCUUCAGAUACACACAGAAACAGAAGACAGAACCAGAGAACUCAGAACUGAGAGAGAGAGAGAGAGAGAGAGAGAGAGAGAGAGAGAGAGAGAGAAAAUGGAGACAGUUGUAGCAGCAAAACCAAUAAUUAAAGUGGCGGCACUAUGUGGGUCUCUUCGUAAAGCCUCGUACAACCGUGGCCUAGUUCGUUCAGCAAUCGAGCUGAGCAAGUCCAUCAAUGGCUUGGAAAUAGAGUACAUAGACAUUGAACCUUUGCCUAUGCUCAACACUGAUUUAGAGGGAGAUGGAACUUUCCCACCAACUGUUGAAGCCUUCCGCCAGAAGAUUAAAGAAGCUGAUAGCUUUCUCUUUGCCUCGCCCGAGUACAACUUCUCAGUCUCAGCACCUCUGAAGAAUGCAAUUGACUUGGCAUCUAGACCACCAAAUGUUUGGGCUGAUAAAGCAGCUGCAAUUGUAAGUGCUUCAGGAGGUUCUGGUGGGAGUCGGUCACAGUAUCACCUUCGCCAAAUAGGAGUUUUUCUAGAUCUUCAUUUCAUCAAUAAACCUGAGUUCUUCUUGAACGCACACGAACAUCCUGCAAAGUUUGAUGGCAAUGGUAACCUGGUUGAUGAAUCAUUCAAGAAGAAGUUGAAGGAAAUUCUUAUAUCCUUGCAGAGAUUUACUUUGCGCCUCCAAGGAAAGCUCUGAGAAACAAUUUAUUAUUCUUUGAUGAAAAUUAAUAAGUGAUUUGGCAUGUACUAUGCUGGCAUUACAACCUAUCCGAUUAUUUACUGCAGCACAAAUAAUAACAACAAGCCUUAAUUUCGAAUUUUAGAGUUGCCUAUAGAUCUUCAAUAGACUAGUUGGGGUAGGCCACAUGUAUUCUUAUGCUCCAUUCCAUUUUAUUUGAAGUUGUACUUUAUGUUAAUUAUUUAAUUGAUAAGUCUACUAA